UGGUGCUGGGAGCCAAGGCGGCGGCGGGCGGCGGGGAGCUGGAGGAGGCCCUGCGGCUGUUCCGGCUGGCGGCCGCCAUCCGCCCCAGCGAGAAGCUGCGGGGCCGCAUCCAGCGGGUGGAGGAGGCGCUGGCGGCGGUGGAGCAGCAGCAGGAGGAGGAGGAGGAGAGGGAGGAUGAGGAAGGCUUCGUGGACGUGUGCGGCAGCGGCCUGCUGAUCUACGGGGAGAUGCACGGGAAGCUGUUCCAGCACCAGCGGGAAGGCGUCGCCUUCCUGUACCGCCUGCACCGGGAGGGCCGGCCCGGCGGCGUCCUGGCGGACGACAUGGGCCUGGGCAAGACCAUCCAGGUCAUCGCCUUCCUCUCGGGCAUGUUCGACGCCGAGCUGAUCCGGCACGUCCUGCUCAUCAUGCCCACCACCCUGGUCAGCAGCUGGCAGGCCGAGUUCGCUCGCUGGACCCCCGGCCUGCGCGUCAAGGAGUUCCACGGCAGCAGCAAGGCCGAGCGCACCAGGAACCUGGAGAGGGUCCAGAGGAAGAAUGGCACCAUCAUCACCAGCUACCAGAUGCUCAUUAACAACUGGAAGCAGCUCGCCAGCAGCCACGACCAGGAGUUUGUCUGGGACUACGUCAUCCUCGACGAAGCACAUAAAAUCAAGUGCCCGUCCAACAAAACCACCCGCUGUGUCUAUGCCAUCCCUGCCAGGCACCGCCUGCUCCUCACGGGCACCCCCGUGCAGAACAACCUGCGGGAAAUGUGGUCCCUGUUCGACUUUGCCUGCCAAGGCUCUCUCCUGGGAACGGCCAAAACUUUUAAAAUGGAGUAUGAGAAUCCUAUUACCAGAGCCAGGGAGAAGGACGCGACUCUAGGUGAAAAAGCACUGGGGCUGAAGAUGUCUGAGAACCUAAUGGCAAUUAUAAAGCCGUAUUUCCUCAGAAGAACCAAAGAGGAUAUCAAAACCAACCAGGCUGACAAAAUAGAUGCUCCUCUUCCUGAGGAUCCAAGUGAGAACUGUGCUCCUGUCAUGCCAUCUCUCACUAGGAAAAAUGACUUUGUGGUGUGGGUGUACUUGUCACCCGUGCAGGAAGAAAUCUACAGGAACUUUCUCUCUCUGGAUCACGUGAAGGAAGUGCUGAUGACAACCCGGUCGCCUUUGGCUGAGCUGACCGUCUUGAAGAAGCUGUGUGACCACCCCAGGCUGUUGUCUGCACGAGCCUGCAUCCAGCUGGGCUUGGAGGAGCAGGAGGGCUCCGAGCAGGACGAGAGGAGUGAAGCAGGCAUGCUGCCAGGUGCUAACAAAAUAGAUCAUCUCUCGGAUGAGACUGUGAUUCAGGAGUCGGGGAAAAUGCUGUUCCUUGUAGGGCUUCUGGAGAGACUGCGAGAAGAGGGACACAGAACCCUGGUGUUCUCACAGUCCAGGAAGAUGCUGGACAUCAUCCAGCACGUCUUGUCCCGCCGGCACUUCAAGCUCCAGCGGAUCGACGGGACCGUGACGCACCUGAGCGAGCGGGAGAGGCGCAUCCAGGCCUUCCAGAGCAGCAGGGACUGCUCCGUCUUCCUGCUCACCACGCAGGUGGGGGGCGUGGGGAUCACCUUGACAGCAGCCAGCCGGGUGGUGAUCUUUGAUCCCAGCUGGAACCCGGCUACAGACGCGCAGGCUGUGGACAGAGCUUAUCGGAUCGGGCAGAAAGAGAACGUGGUGAUUUACAGACUGAUCACCUGCGGUACCGUGGAAGAGAAAAUCUACAGGCGACAAGUCUUCAAGGAUUCAUUAAUCAGACAGACCACCGGGGACAAAAAGAACCCCUUCAGGUACUUCUCCAAACAGGAGCUGAGGGAGCUUUUCACGUUAGAAGACACACGAACAUCUGCGACUCAGAUCCAGCUGCAGUCCUUGCAUGCCCCCCAGAGAAAGACCGACCUGCAGCUGGAUGAACACAUUGCCUAUUUGCACUCCCUGGCCAUGUUUGGCAUUUCUGAUCAUGACUUGAUAUACACGAGGGAAACAGCUCAGGAGGAGCAGGUGGAGAGCGAGGAAGCCCAUCAGUACAUCCAGCGGAGGGUACAGAAAGCCCACGAGCUUGUUCAGUUGGAGUCUCAGCUUAGAGACCAGAGGAUGGAGGGGAUCAGAAAUGUCUGCGAAGAGACAUGGCAAAGACCACCAGAACGGGUUUCCCAGCCAAAGAAAUUGUCUCCAGGGCUAAACAACAUCAGCCCCUUUGUUUCGCCACCAGUAGCUGAUAAACAUGAAAAUGACAAAGUUAUUGAUCUUACAGAGGACAAGGAGGUCCAGGUUCUUGAUGUCAGCUCCAAAAUGACGAAUCUGACUAUUGGUGACUUGGACGAAGAGAAACUGGCACGAGAUGAGUCCAGUAUGGACACAGAGGUGCUUAACACCAGCAAGACGGUGAAAGAAACCAAUGUACAAGAAUCUGAGCAAAAUCUUGAAUUGAGUGUUAUAGCAUCAUCACCUGGACUUCAUCCAGGUCUGAGUCCUGAACAGAAACACUGUUCCCAUGGGAUGUCAGACAGCUUGACUGAGGCAGGGGAUGGUCUCCCUGGGCAUCAUCAGCAUUCCUCUAACAAGUCUGGUAUGGCUGAUGAUCCCAAGGAGUUAAGAGAUGGAGAAAUGUCAGAGCAGGUGCUUGGCCCCCACACUGCCCUGGGAACAGAUGAGAAGGACCUUCCUGAGCCAGCUUGGGCUGCUGCAGUGCCAGCUUUGUCAAAUGUUAUGCCAGAAAUCCAUGCUGGGCUCCAGAAGUCUGAUGUGCUGGAAACCAGCUUGGAGAAUAUGUCUGUGCAGGAUCAAGUUGACUUCAAUCUGGUCUUGGAAGAGUCUGAGGAGGAAUGGCAAGAUGCCUCAGAUAGGGAAAGAUCACUGGAGCACUCAGAAAAGGAGGGCUUCCAGCUGAAAACAGGAAAUUUUUGUAUAUCCCCAACAAAACCUUGGCUAGGUGAGCAGGGUGACUGUGGAACACCCUGUGACACGGCUGGGGGAAAGCCAAGGAACUCCCUGGUAGGCAGUGAAGUGUCAGAGGAAAGCAGUGAGGUCUUUGCCUCUUGCAAAAAGAAACCCUUAAGAAGAAUUGUCUCAGACAGUGAGGAUGAAGACCAUUCCAUCAUGGUCUUGGAGGAAAACAAGUGUGAAAAAAGGCCCUCUCCCCUGAACAGCCCUCUGCACCCAUUUCUGGAAGGAAUUAGUGCAUCCACUCCUAAAUUGGACAGAAAUACAGCAAAAGCCAUCUUCUCUCCCCAGCUAAGCAACAGUGGAAACAGGUCUACUGCUUCCAGGCGAUCUCUCAUCAACCAGGUGGUGGAUGAGAUUGAAGACAUUGGAGAAAUCAUGGGAAACACUGAUGAAGAUGAUGAUGAUGAUGAUGAUGAUGAUGAUGAUGAAAGUGAUGAAGACCAAGAUGACCUUGUGGAAGAAGAAGCUGAAGAGUGUAGUGGAGAAUCUGCUGAGCCCGAUGAAGAACCUGCUGGAGAAACACUUGAUACCACUGCAGAAUCCUCCCAUCUCAACGGCACGUCCUCGGAGCAGUCAGAGGCAGAUGAGACAGAAUCAUCUCAGGAGGAAUCCACAGGUGACCCUGAGCUUCGGUCGGGUGAGCAGAUAGAAUACUUCACCCAGGAAAGUGUCUCUGAAAAAGAGGUUGGUCAGAGCUCCUCUCCUGCUGCAGGUGACUACAACACUUUGGUGGAGAGUGGGAAGAAGCUUAAGGAGGAUGGGAAACUGCAGGAGGCACUGGACUGCUUCCUGCAAGCUCUUGACAUAAAAAGUGGAGAACCUGAAGUUAUGCUUAUGACUUUAAACCUGUACAGGCAGCUAGCCCAGAAAUGAGCUCUGAAGCCCUUUAUGACCUAGCCUUACCUUUUCUCAUUCCAUGUCUGUCUGAAGGAGCUGGCUGGGAUGCUCUGACCCAGCCCAAGGCUGGUGGCUGCAAGAGACACUUAUUUUAUGGUUAUGGAACAGCUUCAGCCCCUCCUCCUGUGAGAGGAAACAGUCUGAGGAUCUCAGUGUUGAGUGCUGGGGAGGGGGCUUCACUGUGGACUCAGCUUACAAGGGUGAAAACAAUUCAUGCUCCAGUCUGACUAUUUAA